AUGAACCUUUCUUUUCGCAUUGUUCCUUGGAGAUCUCGUUCAGAAUUUAAUCAGGUUCGGGAUUGGUUCUAUGGUACUGAUAGAAACCAGGAAUCGUUAAUGAAAGGGCUUUCAAGAGUAAACGCAUGGCAAGUACGUGGCAGACUUCCUCACGCAGUUGAAUCAACAGCAAAUUUAGUAUGUGUUUUGGUGGAAGAAGAACGUGGUAUAUGUAAUCCUCUUGGAUUACGUUUAUCUUACGCAAUGGCAUUAAUAAGAUUUGUAAAUGGAUUUUUAGAUCCAGAACAACAGGGUCAAUAUAUUAUACCGAUGCAAACACUUGCGCGGAAUAUUAAUCUUCCAUUGUCAUUUGUUGAGAUUCGACAUGCAGCUACACAUGAACAGCUUCCUUCAUUAGUGGUUUUACGUUCUAUGACAAUUCGUGCGUUAGAAUGGUUAUUAGAUAAAUAUUGGUCUAGAUCUUAUGAGGAUAUAGAAGGAAUGGAUGAAAAAAAAAUCCAAGACAUUAUUAAAAAAUGGGAAAUAUUUCAAGAAAAAAACCUUGAUAAGGGAUCAAAAAGUAAAGAUAGUGCUAAAGAAAUGUCUAUAAUAAUCAAAGAAUCUAUUAUUCUAUGUAAUAGUUCUAAUGGAGUUGAAAUAAUAACGAAUUAUCUUUUAGAGAAAAUUAUGGCAUUACCUAAAAAUAUGAAAAAAGAGGAUUUUUUUAACAGAUCAUAUGCAAUUUGGUUACCAUUCAUUAAAAAAGUUUCAUUUAUCUCUGAUUUAGUACAACAUUUUGCCUUAAAAAUUAUUUCAAAAUUAGGUUCUAAUGAUCCAAAAAAUAAUUAUAUGAUUGAUCCUUUACCAAUCUUUUCUCUCUCUGCAUUAAAAGGUUCUUUAAAAAAUGAUAUAAAUGAUGUUUGUCAUAUUUUAUUAUUAUGGCUUCAAAAUCUUUUAAAUGAAAAGUAUCAAGGUGACAUUUCUGCAAAAUCACUUUUUCCUCAAUUAUCUAUUCAUAAAAUAAUUCAUGCUUGUUUAUUACAAACUGAUUCUUAUACUGCUCAAUUUUUGAAGAAUAUUGUAUUAUCAGAUCAACAUCUUUUAAAAUCUUAUCAUACGCUUAUCUCGUUACGUUUAAAUAUUGCUACUUUUCCUCAAAAAAAGCAUACUUUAGACGAUAUAGAAAUCGAAGUUAAUGCUUUUAAAAAACGUUUUUAUACAUUAACAAGAAAAGUUGAUGAUUCUAAUUCUAUAGAAAAAAAGCCUCUUAUUUUGGCUAACGGUCGAUGGAAAAAAUGGCAUGGCAAAUGGGUUUCUAAACCAAUUGGUAUACCUUAAUAUUUUAAAAUCCU